AUGGACGCAACUACGUUUCGAAUCAACGCUACAAGAACCGAAUCAGAUGGUAUUAUAGGACCAGACGGUAUUGCACGAUCGUUUGGAGGUAUAGCAAGAAUUGCAGUCUACAAGUCAGGUUACGGAGAUACAGAUUUUAACGCUACUGGUAUAAAUAUCACGGAGUGUACCAUUGGCUUCACUGCCUACGAAUACAAGGGCGCCCGAGCAAACGGAAGCACCUUUUCUUUCGGAGACGUCAACGAGAUCGAUAUCCAAGGCGUUGAUUGGGCAUUGAAAUCAAAUGGUCCUGCUCAUACAACUUUCAUGAGUAACAAGUCCACAAUAUUGAAUCUGCCUUCAUUCAACAUAUCCAACAACGAUUUCCAGGCCCUGCAAGAGUUCUUCGAAACUACCACAUUUCAAUCUGAAUUUGUGAGUGGAAACUAUAGAAACAAACGUCCCGGCCUUAGUGCUGCCCUUGGUGGCGGCAUAGAUGUUGAGAGUGCUUUUGACAAUAUGGCACGGAUGGCUACUGCGAGAAAGCACGAGGUGCCACUUUGGAAAUCUUCGGCUCUUGUACUGUUGAGCAUUCAAUACGAUAAGAACGCGGGGACAAUUCAUGGGGAGUUUCAAGGUGUGAAAGAGUUGGAGAAGAUGGCAAAGUCGUCAAAGGCACGGCUGGAGUAG